AUGCGGCGGCUGCGGCGCGGGGCGUUCGCGGCUCUGCUGCUCCUGCCGCUGCUGCCCCCGCCCGGGGUCGGGGCUCAGGGUCCCGGCGCCGCUCUGCGCUGGGGGCGCCCGGGGAGCCCCACGGCCGCCGAGGUCACCGAGCCCAGCCGGCUGGUUGGGGGCAGCUCCGGGGGCGAAGUGCGGAGGCAGCAGCUGGACACGCGCGUCCGCCAGGAGCCGCCUGGGGGUCCGCCUGCCCACCUGGCCCAGGUGAGCUUUGUCAUCCCCGCAUUCAACUCCAACUUUACCCUGGACCUGGAGCUGAACCAUCACCUGCUGUCUUCUCAAUAUGUGGAACGGCACUUCGGCCGGGAGGGGGCGGCACAGCACAGCACCGGUGCUGGAGACCACUGCUACUACCAGGGCAAGCUCCGGGGCAACCCGCACUCCUUUGCUGCGCUGUCCACCUGCCAGGGGCUGCAUGGGGUCUUCUCUGAUGGGAACUCAACCUUCAUUGUGGAGCCCCAGGUGCUGGCCAGGCCUCAGGCGCACCCCCAGGGGCCCCUCCCCCACCUCAUUUACCGGACCCCUCUCCUCCCAGCCCCCCUCGGAUGCAGGGAGCCAGGCUGCCUGUUUGCUGCCCAUUCUGUCCCUCCAAGCCGGCCGAGGCUAAGAAGGAAAAGGCAGGUGCGCCGGGGCCACCCCACCGUGCACAGUGAGACCAAGUAUGUGGAGCUCGUCGUGGUCAAUGACCACCAGCUGUUUGAGCAGAUGCGGCAGUCGGUCGUCCUCACCAGCAACUUUGCCAAGUCCGUGGUGAACCUGGCAGACGUGAUAUACAAGGAGCAGCUCAACACCCGAAUUGUGCUGGUCGCCAUGGAGACAUGGGCGGAUGGGGACAAGAUCCAGGUGCAAGAUGAUCUCCUGGAGACCCUGGCCCGCCUCAUGGUCUACCGGCAGGAGGGUCUGCCCGAGCCCAGUGAUGCUACCCACCUCUUCUCGGGCCGCACCUUCCAGAGCUCCAGCAGCGGGGCGGCCUACGUGGGGGGCAUCUGCUCGCUGUCACGGGGAGGCGGUGUGAACGAGUACGGCAACAUGGGGGCCAUGGCAGUGACGCUAGCGCAGACGCUGGGGCAGAAUCUGGGCAUGAUGUGGAACCAGCACCGGAGUGCGGCCGGCGACUGCAGGUGUCCCGACGUCUGGUUGGGGUGCAUCAUGGAGGAUACGGGGUUCUACCUGCCCCGCAAGUUUUCACGCUGCAGCAUCGACGAGUACACGCAGUUCCUGCAGGAGGGUGGCGGGAGCUGCCUUUUCAACAAGCCGCUGAAGCUCCUGGACCCACCCGAGUGCGGUAACGGCUUUGUGGAGGCCGGGGAGGAGUGCGACUGCGGCUCUGUGCAGGAGUGCAGCCGAGCUGGCGGCAAUUGCUGCAAGAAGUGCACACUGACACACGACGCCAUGUGCAGCGACGGCCUGUGUUGUCGGCGCUGCAAGUAUGAGCCUCGGGGCGUAUCCUGCCGGGAGGCAGUAAACGAGUGCGACAUCGCGGAGACCUGCACCGGGGACUCCAGCCAGUGUCCCCCUAAUCUGCACAAGCUGGACGGCUAUACCUGUGACCACGAGCAGGGGCGCUGCUAUGGAGGCCGCUGCAGGACCCGGGAUCGGCAGUGCCAGGCCCUGUGGGGUCGUGCUGCCGCAGAUCGCUUCUGCUAUGAGAAGCUGAACGUGGAGGGCACGGAGCGCGGGAACUGCGGGCGCAAAGGCUCAGGCUGGAUACAGUGCAACAAGCAGGAUGUGCUCUGCGGCUUCCUCCUCUGCAUCAAUAUCUCUGGGGCUCCUCGGCUGGGCGAGUUGGGGGGAGAUAUCAGCAGUGUUACUUUCUACCACCAGGGCAAGGAGCUGGACUGCAGGGGCGGCCAUGUGCAUCUUGCCGAUGGCUCUGACCUGAGCUACGUGGAGGAUGGCACGGCCUGUGGGCCCAGCAUGCUGUGCCUGGGCCACCGCUGUCUGCCAGCCUCUGCCUUCAACUUCAGCACCUGCCCAGGCAGUGGGGAGCGCCGAGUCUGCUCGCAUCACGGGGUCUGCAGCAAUGAGGGCAAGUGCAUCUGCCAGCCCGACUGGACAGGCAAGGACUGCAGCGUCCACAACCCACUGCCCACAUCCCCACCCACUGGGGAGACGGAGAGGUACAAAGGACCCAGCGGCACCAACAUCAUCAUUGGCUCCAUUGCCGGAGCAGUGCUGGUUGCAGCCAUCGUCCUGGGAGGCACAGGCUGGGGAUUUAAAAACAUUCGCCGAGGAAGGUACGACCCAACCCAGCAGGGGGCAGUGUGAUGCUGGCCACAACAGCCAUGCCGGCCUUGUCGCGUCUCAUCUCAUCUCAUCCAUCCCUCGCCCCUGCACCUGCUGCCUGAGGAAAGUCUGACACCCACUGCCCAUCACCCAUUGCAGCCCAUCUGUCUGUCUGUGUUCUGUGCCACCUGCCUGACCUCCCCACUGCUACUCCCUGGCCUGUGACUCACAACUGGGAGUGGCCUGGUGCUGCUGCCAGGCCCCUCCUGACCCCCCCUCUCCUUCCAGGUCUGGAGGGGCCUAAGCGCUGCCCUCCCCACAUCUGGCGCUGCCGCACACGCGUCUUCCAGGUCCCCCUCUGCUCUGGCUGCGCAGGGAAUGUGGCGCUGUCCUGCCACAGUGGCCAGGCCUGAGGACUCCUCCACACCCAUCUCCUGCGGCCUCGGCAUUGCGCACAGCCCCGUGUGAAUGUAGCUUCUGCCCUACGCGUGGCCGGAGGCUGCACCUCUUACCUUCUUUCUGAUCUAAUUGACGAAUGUAGCGUGGGUGCUGGGCCCUGACCAGGGACACUCUUCCUGGUGCCUGGCCCCGCCCCAGGGUCCUGGCCCUCCUGUCUCUGCCCAGCCCUGCCAAGCCUGGAAGAGUCAAACCAAAGCUGCCUGUCCCGUGCCUCGGGUCUGGACUCAGGUGUGGCGGCCAAGCCCCAGGCUGUCACAAAUUCCAACAACUCCAUCCUUGCCAGGACAUGUGUUUGGGGCAAAUAAAAUGGCACCUCCCGUCCAGGAAGGGCAGCUCCAAGAUGACCCAAGGCCUGGUGCCUGCCCAGGCUGGCUGCAGGGAGGACCCUCUAGGCAGAGGGUUGAGGUGGCCAGGCUGGGGCGAGCCCAGGAUGACACUAAGGUCCAGGAGCAGCUUCAGGCUCCCAGACCUAUUCACUUGGCACCCCUCUCCUUGACCCCUGGAGUCCCCCACCUGGGCAGGAUCCCUGCAGCCUCCCGGGUUUCCUGUUCCUGGGUCACCCUGGGGCUCUGGCGGUCUCUGAGGAGGUAACACAGAGGCGGUGGCCUGGGACCCAGGUAGCCUUUGAGGGGCCGGAGCGCAUGUGCUCCAGUGGGGCCCCCGCUUCCCCGUCAGGAGCCUCAUGGCCUGCAUGGCGGCCUGCAGGAUGGGCCAGGGAAGAUGCAAACUUCCCAAGCCACCACCCUAUGCACCUGGCAGCACCUGGAAAGUGGG